AUGACACAGGAGAGUUCUGAGGAAGACCAGUUAGUAUUGGAAGAAAAGAAGUGCGCUGAGAAGUAUGUGGCAAGUUUGGCGAGCUACGAGAACUCUUUGGCUUUGGAUCGGCCUUCUUCUAUUUGGGCUAUACUUAAGGUGCCGGGAAUAGUCUUCUUUGCAGGUGUGGGUGGAUAUUUGCUGGGCUGGUUGAAGUUUCAGCCUUGGGUGCUAGUGCCUUUACUGUACACGAUUGGGUUUGUCUUUGUUAGACGGAUAAAAGAGUUUAAACGGGGGUUAGAGGCCUUUAUUUACUUCUCGAUUCGGAAACAGAGCGUAUCUAAGUUUGAAAAGGUAGAUUGGCUGAAUGAAGUCAUGGAAAAGUCUUGGCGGUAUGUUGAGUCAACGGCAUCUCGGAUUCUGUUGCUGCGGGUGAGUGCUAUUCUGCGGCAUAUAAAGGUGCCAAUGAUCAAUGACAUUCGCUUGGAUAGGUUUACACUGGGCGGACAGCCACCAGUUAUUGAAGGUAUUCGCAUUCGCAAAUCGGAUAAGGAGUCUUUAAUCGUUGAUGUGGCUUUGCAUUUCAUUCCGGCUGUAAUGGAGAACCAGCAGAAUAUCUUUGAGAUGGCCGGGAUUGAAGGACGGGAAACCGAUUGGAAUUCAAACAUUACCUUGAUUGUCCGAGUAGGUGGAGCUGCUGCUGGGUUGGACAUUCCUUUGACCUUGAAGAAUGUUUCAUUCCGAGGAAGUGCGCGCAUUAAACUGAACUUGACUUAUAAUACGAAUGUGGUGGAAGGCGUGGAGUUUUCCUUCUUGAAGCAGCCCGUGGUUAGUUUCAAUAUUGUGCCUUUGAAGAUGGUUGAUAUUAUGGAUAUUCCGGGUCUGGCCACGGCCAUUAAGAAAGUGAUUGAGCUGGGAAUUGAGAAAGAAGCUUUGUAUCCUAAACGGAUCUCAGUGGCUUUGCAUCCCAAAUCGGUUUAUUAUGUUGGUGUGAUUGGCAUCCAUAUCCACCAGGUAGUUUCCAAUAUUGUUGGGGCCUACUACAUUGGUGUUGGCGUAAAUGGGCGUAAGAACCAGUGCAUUGCCCGAAGCGUUGGCUCAGACCGAUGUAACUUUAUUGCCUACAUUCCCAUUAAGAACAUGGACGAGUUUAUUAGUAUCAAUAUUCAAAAGCAAGAAGAAGGAGCGCCAGUAUGUCGAGCUACCAUCCCUAUUGAUAGGUCCUGCAUGCAAUCAAGGACCCAGAUGUUUGUCUCAUUGACUAGCCAGGCCGGCUACAUAGAUCUUUCGACUAUUUACAUUCCUAAGUUUGAUGUUGUUAAGGUCAAUGAAGAAGAAAAGCCCAGAUCCGCUAUUGUUACAGUUAAGCUUGCCCAGCUAAUUGAUAUAGUCGAUCAACUUGGCCAUCCUUACAAGAACUUGCAUGCUAAAGCAACUGUCUAUCUUAAAGAGAAAAAGCAGCGCCGGAAAGAUCCCGCUAGCAUGUCAGCAGCUGAAUUAAUGAUUCCUGAAGGUAAAAGUCCGGCGCCUUCGGCUACAAAUGAGUCUUCAACCGAUUCUGAUGAAGCUGAUCUUAAGACCAAAGAAGAAACCGUUCUUACCGACGAAGUUUUAGGUAUGUUCACCACCAAGACCUCUCGUGAUGUUAUUAGCCCGGCCUUCGACGAGAACUUCGUCUUCUUCACGCGUGACACCAAAAGAACUGUUAUUGUAGUAGAAGCCUACGAAGGCACUAAACAGCUCGGUAGUUUUAGUGUUAAUAUUCGACGGGGAAUCUCUAUUUCUUACGGCACCUUUGAUUUUUGGCAUCUUCAGGCCGCCCGGGCUAAGCUUCUCUUUGCUGCCGAGUACGUUUGUAUGAACAAGAUCAAAAUGCCCAAGUAUACCCACAUUCGUCGUAUUACAAUUGAAGAAAUCGGCCAUCCCGGCGCUUACACCGGCUACAUCGUUACUAGUGGCCGAGUUGUUCCAAUUAAAGGCAUCUACUCACAUGGUACUGGCCAGCACCAUGCUACUAUUCUAGUGCCCAUCCUUUCUACCGAUGAACUAUCUAAAUUCGUCGCCUACCACCAAGAUGAACUCUUUGGUGGCUGUGAUGUCAUUACCGGAGAAACCUUCCUAGGCGAAACUCCCAUUCGCCUCACCGUAACUGAGUAUCCUCUCCACGAGUGCAAAGAGUUUGCCUCUAAGAUCAAAAUACCGACCACCGAAACUUCCCCUCUCUCAUCCCCCGAUAGUGCCAACGAACCAGAACCAGAACCAGAACCAAUCCUACAUUCACAGCCAGAUGCCAUCACAGAUAACAGCACCGAUGCAACUGAUGGUAAUGAUGCCAACACUGACACCACCGAUGCCAACACCAAUACUACCGACGAUACCGCCGAUACUGGUACUAACGCCGUCGAUGUCAACACCACAACUGAAACUACCGCCACAACUAACGCAUCCCCAACAGAUACUACUCCUAAUAUAACUUCUCCCUUUACUCAAAUGCGAGUGAUUGUCUGCCGAGUUGACCAUCCCAUCUUCCUUGAGUUCUCUAAAGAUGAUGUUGUUCUUGAUCGUAGUUCGCCUAGUACGGGCAAGAAACUCUUUGGUGAAUUCUUCUUCUUUACUGACGUCAAUGUUUCUGUCUAUACGGUUAAAGAAGGUUUCCUAAUUGGUAAGUUUGUACUAGCUAAGAGCAACGGUCGCCACGAAAUCAAACUAGCCCACAACCAACUCUUUGUCAUUGAUCUGUACAACCGCUGGUUCCCCUCCUAUAGCACCCUCCCCAUCAACCGCGGCACACUUACUCUUACCAUCCCGACCAUGACCGCUCUAGACCUUCCAGAGAUUGAAAUCUACCACUCAGUCUUCCUAGAACUUUCUGUCAAAGAUACACAGUACUCCACUAAACCCACCAUCCAACUUGAAUCCCCAGCUUUCACCGAAUCUUUCACCUUCAAUGUCUUUACUCCCCUCGACAUUCUUUACAUUCAAGUCUGGACCUGGACUCUACUCAAAGAAAAGAAAUCCAUCGGCGAAAUAUCCCUUCCUCUCUACGCCAUCCCACCCGGUCAAUCCAAUCUUUCCCUCAUCGCCGAAAUUCUCUACAUUGAUACCAAAAAGUCCACAUACAAACUCAAUUCUCUGCUAACCCUCGCAUAA